ACAUGCGUGACAUGCUCUUGGAAGAACUGAUGUCGAUUGGUGUGUUUCUCACACAAUCAAACAUACCUGUGAAUCCACCUGCACUGGAACCUGUCCAGGAGAUCCCUGAGGUCCCACCAGAACAGCCACGGGCAAACAACCUUGGUGGUGAUGGCCAAAGCCAGACCUUUCUGAAUAUUGAAUAUGAACAACUGGAACCUCCUGGCAAAGAACCCCCAGAACAGCUGCUGGAAGACUACAAGGAGCCUGAGGAAAACCAGAUGACCUUCCAACAUGAGAUGCCAGGGAGCUCCCAGGAUGCGCAGCCCUCCAGCUCUGGAACCUCUACACAGGCUCGUCCCCGCAAGAAGCCUGACUCUGAUGCUCAGCUAGGGCUGUGUUUUGCUCACCGGAAGCAAUAUAAUAUUUAUCUGAAAAUCCACACAAGAAAGGUAGCACCAGGGGGCUCUAGAGGUGGUGCAGGGUCAGACAUCUCUGGGCAGCAGCACAUUGGCCAGGAGGAGGAUACCGGUGAGCAUGCUCUGGGCAAUAAUCCAUCUACUGAGGCGACAUCCCCUAGCAUGCCAGAGGGAGAAAAUUCUGAUGAUGAAAGACAGCAGUGUAGGCUAUGUAAGAAGGAGUUUAUGUUUCAGUUGGGCCUGAGAGAAAAUGUGAAAAAUCCUGCAGAGUCAAAACCUUACCAGUGCUCCUUCUGUGGGAAAUUCUUUAGGGGGCAGUCACAUGUUACUGCACACCUAGUAAAACACACCAAAGAGAGACCGUUCAUAUGUGAACACUGUCGGAAAAGCUACAGACACAAAUCUAGCCUGCUAAGACACUUAAAAUUCCACGCAAGGGAUCUUGAACGCAAGGCAAGCCAGGCUACUCAGAGCCUCACACAGAAUGCAAACCAAUAGUUCACCAGCCUGCAAACUAUACAGCAGAAUUCCCCCAGGACUGUAUUGAUUGGAAACAAGUUGUAAAAAUGAUGGUUUCUCCUAAGAACCUCCCCUGCACCAACUGUCUUGGAGGGAUAGAGCUGUUUGUUUCAGAGUGGAGCUUUGCUUUUAGCUACAUGCAGAGCCCACCUUCCAUGGCUAGACCAAUGCUAGAAUGUUCACUGACUUUUCAUGGCCCUACAUGUGAUUUUUCUGGGCCUGCUAAGAUCUUGUUUUGCCUUUAAGAUGAAUAUUGCUUGCUUUCUGGAAGCACCUGCUUCAUAGGUCCUGUGAGAAUGUAAUAAUAUCAAUUAAAUACAUUGUUCAUACCUUAAAUGGAACAUGGGUGACAUGCAAGUCCUGCAGUAAGUUGUAAAUAGGUAUGCAUGUCAAAUCUUCCUUAUUUUUGGAAAGGAUGCUCACAACUAAUUUUUUUUAUUUUGGUAGUUAGAGAAGGGAAGCAAUCUCAAGGCCUUGCCCAUGGAGGCCAAAUACUCUUUAUCACUGAGCAACUUCUCUAGCUCAGGUAGUUUUUUGUUUUUAUUUUGUUUUUCCUUUAUUGGUGCUGGGGAGUGAAUCUAGGCCCUUGGCUUGCAAAUCAAACACUACCACUGAGCUACAUCUCUAGCUCAGGUAGUUUUUUUGUUUGUUUGUUUGUUUGUUUGUUUUUCCUUUUUUGGUGCUGGGGAGUGAAUCUAGGUCCUUGGCUUGCAAAUCAAACACUACCAUUGAGCUACAUCUCUAGCUCAGGUAGUUUUUUUGUUGUUGUUUGUUUUUCCUUUACUGGUGCUGGGGAGUGAAUCUAUGCCCUUGGCUUGCAAAUCCAACACUACCACUGAGCUACAUCUCUAGCUCAGGUAGGUUUUUGUUUUUAUUUUGUUUUUCCUUUAUUGGUGCUGGUGAGUGAAUCUAGGCCCUUGGCUUGCAAAUCAAACACUACCACUGAGCUACAUCUCUAGCUCAGGUAGUUUUUUUGUUUGUUUGUUUGUUUGUUUUUCCUUUUUUGGUGCUGGGGAGUGAAUCUAGGCCCUUGGCUUGCAAAUCAAACACUACCAUUGAGCUACAUCUCUAGCUCAGGUAGUUUUUUUGUUGUUGUUUGUUUUUCCUUUACUGGUGCUGGGGAGUGAAUCUAUGCCCUUGGCUUGCAAAUCCAACACUACCACUGAGCUACAUCUCUAGCUCAGGUAGGUUUGGUUUUUUUUUUAUUUAUUUUCUGGUGCUGGUGAGUGAAUCUAAGCCCUUGGCUUGCAAAUCAAACACUGCCACUGAGCUACAUCUCUAGCUCAGUUAGUUUUUUGUUUGUCUGUUUUUCUUUUCUGGUGUUGGGGAAUAAAUCUAGAGCCUGGCUUGCAAAUCAAACACUGCCACUGAGCUACAUCUCUAGCUGAGACAGGAUUUUGAAUUCUUUAACUCUAGUGGUGGCUACUUUCCAUUAGUUUGAGGAUGUAAUUUUGUUUUAUCUCUUCUGAAAUUUUUGUUCUAUUUCUUCCUCUUUGAUCCAGGAGCUAAGCAAGGCUAAUCCAUUGCUGAUAUUUUUUGUUGAUACUGAAAUAAAUAAACGAGUUUCUAUUGC